AUGUUGCACCAGUUGGCGAUUUACCUCCGUAAGUUCUCAUCUUUAUCAAAACAUGCUUCUCAAUUGUCUCAGCGAGGCAGCGAAGGACGAGCCCACGCUAAGCGAAUUGUGAGUGAAAAACGAGCAGAGCAAUUACAACUGACCACAUCCUACACGCAGAGCAGAUGUCAUGAAACAAGUAUUGGAUGUUCUCAAGGACUCGACAAUUGCGUUGAAGAGUGGCAAGGACAAUCGGUCUCGUUUCUGGGGGGUAUACAAACGAGUCGCGAGGAACACGACAGCGAGUUCCUCGAGCGAUACACUACUAACGUGGACAUUGUCUUGAUCUUUUCUGGUCUUUUCUCUGCUGUCAGCACAUCUUUCAUUGUCGCCAUGGAGUCUAAUCUCAGUCCCGACCCCAGCGAUACCACGAAUGCCCUUUUGAAGGAACUUGUUCAAAUCGGUCUGGGCAAUCUCGCUGCAGCGGGUUCCAAGCCCGCAGACCCAGGAUCUACAUGGUCGCCGAACGCGCCCACCCUGUGGAUCCAAACAAUCGCAUACGCAAGCUUGUCCAUGAGCUUGCUCGCUGCCUUCGGGGCCGUACUGGGCAAGCAGUGGCUCGGGUACUACAAGUCGAACAGAUACGGCCGGGGCUCUCAGGAGGAGCGGGGCAAGCCCAGGCAAGAGAAGUUCGACGGCCUCGUCACAUGGUAUUUUGAUGCUGUUGUGCAAUCCUUCCCGGUCUUACUUCAAAUCUCACUUCUUCUUUUUGGGAUCCCCCUCGGCGCCAACAUCUGGUACGAGCAGCCGAGUGUCGCCCGGGUCAUCAUUGCAACGACAAUCUUUGGAUUUCUGUUUUAUUCCCUGACCCUGAUGGCAUGUUUGAUAUCUCCUGCCUGUCCAUUUCAGACGCCGAUAUCGACGAUGUUGCGCAUGAUUCACGUCGACAGUAAGAUCAUUUUACUGAAUUCUGGUGGUGGUUUCCUGUCUGAAUCAGCAUUGCAGAGGUUGUACGCCCGGUGUUCAAAAGACUCUCCAGUUAUUCCUGGCAGCUCAUGA